GGGACUCGCGGGAAUCUCACCACCCGGGUCGCUGCCGGAGCUCGCCCGUCGCCCCUGCGCUGCGCGGACCGCGGCCACAGCCAGACAGGCGGGCACGGCGGCGACAGACGGAUUGGCGGACAGUCCCAGCCCGCGGAGUAGCCCCGACCUCGAGGCGCUGGCGUCCGAGUCCGCUCGUCUGGGAGCCUGGGCAGGUGCCGCGCGGGAGGCGCUCCGGGGACCGCGCUGAGGCCGCGGACGCCGCCCGCCCGGUCCCGCUGCUCGCUGAGCCCAGCACCCCGCUCGCCGUCGGGGCGUCCCCGGGCCCAGGGGCGGCCGCGGAGCCGAUGCGCGCCCGCUGAGCACCCCCGGCCCACCAUGGCCGCGCGCCCCGGCCCGCUCUGGCUCCUGGGCCUGGCGCUGUGCGCGCUGGGCGGGGGCGGCCCCGGCCCGCGACCCCCGCCCGGCUGUCAUCAGCGGCGUCUGGGCGCCCGCGAGCGCCGGGACGUUCAGCGCGAGAUCCUGGCUGUGCUCGGGCUGCCUGGGCGGCCCCGGCCCCGCGAGCCACCCGCCGCCUCCCGGCUGCCCGCGUCCGCGCCGCUCUUCAUGCUGGACCUGUACCACGCCAUGGCCAGCGACGACGACGAGGACGGCGCGCCCCCGGAGCGGCGCCUGGGCCGUGCCGACCUGAUCAUGAGCUUCGUCAACAUGGUGGAGCGAGACCGUGCCCUGGGCCACCAGGAGCCCCACUGGAAGGAGUUCCACUUUGACCUGACCCAGAUCCCAGCUGGGGAGGCAGUAACAGCCGCGGAGUUCCGGAUUUACAAGGUGCCCAGCACCCACCUGCUCAACAGCACCCUCCACGUCAGCAUGUUCCAGGUGGUCCAGGAGCAGUUCAACAGGGAAUCUGACUUGUUCUUUUUGGAUCUUCAGACACUUGGAGCUGGGGAUGAGGGCUGGCUGGCACUGGACAUCACAGCAGCCAGUGACCACUGGUUGCUGAAGCGUCACAAGGACCUGGGACUCCGCCUCUAUGUGGAGACUGAGGAUGGGCACAGCGUGGAUCCUGGCCUGGCCGGCCUGCUGGGCCAACGGGCCCCCCGCUCCCAACAGCCUUUCGUGGUCACUUUCUUCAGGGCCAGUCAGAAUCCCGUCGGCCGGCAGGUCUGCCGUCGGCACGAGCUCUACGUCAGCUUCCAGGACCUUGGCUGGCUGGACUGGAUCAUCGCCCCGCAAGGCUACUCAGCCUAUUACUGUGAGGGGGAGUGCUCCUUUCCGCUGGGCUCCUGCAUGAACGCCACCAACCACGCCAUCCUGCAGUCCCUGGUGCACCUGAUGAAGCCAGACGCAGUCCCCAAGGCGUGCUGUGCGCCCACCAAGCUGAGCGCCACCUCCGUGCUCUACUAUGACAGCAGCAACAAUGUCAUCUUGCGCAAGAAGCGCAACAUGGUGGUCAAGGCCUGCGGCUGCCACUGAGCCCAGCCCGCCCACCCUGCUGCAGCUGCCCUUCUCAUCAGAUCUGGCCCCUUGGAAGCAGGAAACCCUUCAAUGCUGUCACAGCUCAAGCAGGAGUGUCAGGGGACCUCACUUUCCGUGCCUACUUUCUGUCAGGCUUCUGGUCCUUUCGAGGUCCCUCUGUGCCUCUCCCCUGGGGUUUGUGGCUGUCACCCUGCCUGACACUUUGGUGGCCUAAGGGUACACAGCAGUCUUGGAGCCUGUGCUGACUUCACUGUCUGGAGUCAGCACAGAAGUCCUAUCUUAGGACCUGUUAGACUGUGGCCAGCCCUGGAUGGUCUGAGGUUGGCUGACGCGAGCUUUGCACCAUCAUCUACACAGGGUUUUGGGGUGGGCAGAAGGGCUCUGCCCCUUCCCAGGAACAACACUUGGGCAUUUCUGGGCAUAAUUGGGCAUGCACAUGUUCUCAGUACAGUGUGUUCUUGGAUUUUUCUAAUUUGGUCCAGGCCACAGUUAGCAUAUUAGAAAAAGAAUAAGCUAGAGGUGCUCAUGAAGCCACCACCGUGGAUUUUUUUUUUUUUUUUUUAAGAUGGAGUCUCACUCUGUCCCCCAGGCUGGAGUGCAGUGGCAUGAUCCUGGCUCACUGCAACCUCCACAUCCUGAGUUCAAGCAACUCUCCUGCCUCAGCCUCCCGAGUAGCUGGGACUACAGGCACUCGCCACCAAGCGCAGCUCAUUU